AUGGUGCGCGAUCCCCAAUUCUGGAAACGCUUCAGCGUGGCGGUACACCAAGACGAUCUUGAAAAGACAUUCCAGGACCCCAAGCAAUCAGAUUCGUGGCUCGCUCAGCAGCAGCGCAAGGCCAAGCAUCGGACAUGGAUCUGCUGGUGUUUCUGGAUCAUCUUCCUCCUGCUGGUAGCAGGUGUUGUGGUCACUGUGCUGGUGUUGAAGGCGCACAAGAUUAUCUGA